CCUGCGGGGCGGGGGCGGCGCUGCGCGGAGCCCCGCGGCUUUCCUUCGGCCUGGCCGAGGCCGCCCGGCGGCAUCCGCGCUCUGCCACCAUGUUCAGGCGGAUUCUGCAGCGGACUCCAGGCAGAGGUGGGUCUCAGAGCUCAGAUUCGGAUUCAUCUGCCACACCUGGAAAUGCUGUGGAUGUGAACAAUGAAGGCUCCUCUGAGGGCUUCAUCUGUCCACUAUGUAUGAAAGUGUGUGUAACUCCCACUGAUCUGUCUGAACAUUACAAGAGUGAGCACACUGGGCCAGAAGGAAGACAGGAGCUUCGUGACCUCCCAGAUAUUAGUGGCUUUAUUUGUCCUCUUUGUAUGAAGUCUCAUGGAUCAGCUGAGGAGCUGUUCAAACACUAUGAAGCAGUUCAUAAUUCUGGCAUUGAUUCAACUCAUGGAGGGGAAAGUCAUCUGUCACCGGAAAGAGAUGAAGUAUCACUGCUCCGACAAGAAGUCCAAGACUUGCAAGCUUCGCUGAAGGAGGAGAGGUGGUAUUCAGAAGAGCUGAAGAAAGAACUAGAGAAAUUGCAGGGGCAGCGGCAGCAAGAUUCUAAGUCUGAUGGAUUGACAACAGCUACAUCUACAGAAUCAUUAGAACGGCAACUAGAAGAGAUCCAAGUAGAAAAUUUUAACAUUAAGCAAAUGAAAGACUUAUUUGAGCAAAAAGCGGCACAACUGGCCACUGAAAUUGUGGAUCUUAAAUCAAAGUAUGAUGAAGAAAUCAGCCUUCGGGAAGGUGCAGAACAGAAAGUAACAAACCUGAGACAAGAACUGCAGAAAGAGAGAAGUACAGUGGAAGACUUAAAGACAGAGCUGCUACAAAGGCCUGGUGUGGAAGAUGUGGCAGUUCUGAAAAAAGAGCUGGUACAAGUUCAGACGCUGAUGGAUAGAAUGACUCUGGAACGUGAAAGAGAAUCUGAAAAACUGAAAGAUGAGUGCAAGCACUUGCAGGCAGAGCAGGCUAACUCUGAGGCUACCAUUAACCAGUUAAGAGCUGAACUUGCCAAAGGACCUCAAGAGGUGGCCGUGUAUGUUCAGGAGCUGCAAAAACUUCAAAGUUCAGUCAAAGAGCUAGAACAGAAAAACCAGAGUCUGACUGAGAAGCUGCUGAAGAAAGAACAGGACUACACCCAGCUAGAAGAAAAACACAAUGAAGUAUCUGUGAGUAAGAAGAACGUGCAGGCAAGUUUUCACCAGAAGGACCUUGACUGCCAACAGCUUCAGGCAAAGCUGUCUGCAUCUGAAGCCUCGGUACAGAGAUUACAGGCAGAGCUAGGUGAGAAGGGGGAAGCAAGCCAAAAACUUAAAGAAGAGUUGUCCGAAGUAGAGACAAAGUACCAACAUCUCAAGGCAGAAUGUAAACAGCUCCAGCAGCAGAGGGAGGAAAAAGAGCAGCAUGGCCUGCAACUCCAAAGUGAGCUCAGUCAGUUGCACAGUAAACUUCUGGAAACAGAGCGCCAGUUAGGGGAAGCACAUGGGCGGCUCAAGGAGCAGAGGCAGCUGUCCAGUGAGAAACUGAUGGACAAAGAGCAGCAGGUGGCUGAUCUACAAUUAAAACUUUCUCGUGCUGAAGAACAGCUAAAGGAAAAAGCAGCAAAUUCCACAGAAUUGCAACAUCAAUUAGAUAAGGCAAAACAACAGCACCAGGAACAGCAGACGCUUCAGCAAAAUACAACAGCAAAACUACGAGAAGCCCAGAAUGAUCUGGAGCAAGUACUACGACAAAUUGGAGAUAAGGACCAAAAAAUUCAAAAUCUUGAGGCUUUGCUUCAAAAAAGCAAGGAAAACAUCUCUCUGCUAGAAAAGGAAAGAGAGGACUUAUAUGCAAAAAUUCAAGCUGGUGAAGGAGAAACUGCAGUUCUUAACCAGCUACAAGAGAAAAACCAUGCUUUGCAAAUACAGGUAACUCAGAUGACAGAGAAGCUGAAGAAUCAAUCAGAAAGUCAUAAACAAGCCCAAGAGAAUUUGCAUGAACAAGUGCAGGAACAAAAGGCACACUUAAGAGCUGCUCAAGAUCGUGUGCUUUCCCUGGAAACAAACAUCAGUGAACUAACCAGUCAGCUAAAUGAAAGUAGAGAGAAAGUGUCACAACUUGAUGUGCAGGUAAAAGCAAAGACUGAAUUGCUACUUUCGGCAGAAGCAUCAAAAGCUGCUCAAAGAGCGGAUCUCCAGAACCACCUGGACACAGCUCAGCAUGCACUGCAAGAUAAGCAACAGGAGUUAAAUAAGGUCAGCGUUCAGUUGGAUCAGGUUACAGCUAAGCUGAAUGACAAGCAGGAAUACUGUACUCAGCUGGAAGCCAGUCUUAAAGAGUACAAAGAAAAAUGCCUUUAUUUAGAACAGAAAACUGAAGAGCUAGAGGGACAGCUUAAGAAACUUGAAGUUGACAUUCUUGAUGCUAAAGCAAGUAAAGAACAAGCUCUUCAGGAGUUACAGCAACAGCGACAGCAAUCUACAGAAUUAGACCUCCGAACAGCAGAACUGAGUAAACAACUUGAAUCAGCAAGAGAAGCGAUGUCUAAUGCUAAAUUGGAUUUGCAGAAGCAAUCUGAGGCCCUUGACCAAGCAAACCAGCAAAUUUCAAAGCAGGAGGAGGAGAAGGCCAGUCUGAAACAACACCUUGAGAAAUCAAAUCAAGAUACAAGUAAACAGCUUAAGGAGUUAGACUGUAAACUGCAAGCGGCCACAUCAGAGCUGCAACAAGUGAAAUUAGAGAAGGAUACUCUGUUAAAGGAUCUUACAGAUACCAAAGAUAAGCUCUCCAAAAGUUCUGAAUCCUUCAAAAAAAGAAAGGAGGAUUUAGAAAAAGAAAUUAAAAAAGGAAAAGUAGCUAUGGCAGAAAUGGAAAAAUCUUGCCAAGAAUUAAAACACCAGCUCCAGAUACAAACAGAGUCUGUAGCUAAAGAGAGGAAUGAAUUGAAAAACUCACUGGAAAAAAAGGAGGGGAUUUCUAAGCAGUUGUCAAUAGACCUUGAUUCAGCACGAGCACAACUACUGGAAAUCCAAGGUCUUCUGAAGGACAAAGAAAAAAGUGAGCAACAUCUCCAGGGAAAGCUGAGAGAGUUAAAGGAAUCUUUUGAGCAGAAGAAAAAACAUAGUGAGACACUGCAAGCUGAAUUAAAAACUGCCCUUUUAGAAAAGGCAGAACUGGAGAAUAAACUACAACAGCAGUCUAUUUUGUCAGCACAGGAGCUUAAAGCAGAGAAAGGCAAGCUAGCAGACUUACAGAAGGCCCACGAUAAACACAAAGAAAACAUGGAGAAGCUACAACUGGAUCUUUAUGGGAAAGAGUCUGAGCUGUUGGCUACCAGGCAAGAUCUUAAGUCCACAGAAGAAAAACUUGCUCUCGCUCAAGAAGAAUUAGUUUCCAGCAGAAAUCGAAUUGCUAGCAAUAAUCAGCAGAUUCAGGAACUGAAGAAAGCAAAGUCUGCACUAGAGCAGGAUGCAUCAAAGAAGGAGCAGCAGCUGGGUGAGAAGACCAAAAUGUUACAGGAUCUUCAGAAUGACAGGACAUUGAAAGAAAAAGACUUGGCUAAUGAAAAAUGUAAAACAACAGAGCUCCAGGAAAUAAGGACUAGACUUGAAAAAGAAAUUGCCAAACUGGGUGAAGAGCUUAGAGCCUGCAAGCAAGAAUUUCAGAAGGAGGUGACAAAUCUCAAGGACGCAAACCAGCUAUUGAUUCAACAGAAAUUAGAACUGCAGGGCAAAAUAGAUAGUAUGAAUUCAAGUCUGGAACAGGAGAGAAAAACCCAACAAACUGUCAAAGAUGAGCUGAAAAAGAGAGAAGAGGAACUGAAGAAAGAAUGUGCUGAAAUUGAAGCCAAACUGCACACAGAGAAAAAAGACAAAGAAGCAGAAAAACGGAAACAUGAGGAAAAGGAGACCAAGCUCACCAUGCAGGUCACAGCCUUGAAUGAAAACCUGGCUACCAUGAAGAAAGAGUGGCAAAGCAGUCAGAGGCGAGUGAGCGAGCUGGAGAAACAGACGGACGAUUUACGUGGGGACAUUGCUGUCUUGGAAGCAACAGUGCAGAAUAAUCAGGAUGAGAGAAGAGCAUUGCUGGAGAGGUGUAUAAAAAGUGAGGGAGAAAUUGAAAAGCUUCAAGCCAAACUCGUAGAAAUGAAGAAAAAGCUGGACAACACAACUGCUGCAAUGCAGGAACUUGGCCGAGAAAACCAGUCAUUACAGAUCAAACACACCCAAGCUCUCAACAGGAAGUGGGCAGAAGACAAUGAGGUACAGAAUUGUAUGGCCUGUGGAAAAGGCUUUUCAGUGACAGUGAGAAGGCAUCACUGUAGACAGUGUGGAAAUAUCUUUUGUGCCGAGUGCUCAGCAAAGAAUGCCUUAACUCCUUCUUCUAAGAAGCCUGUCCGAGUGUGUGAUACUUGCUUUAAUGACUUGCAAGGAUAACUGGCGAUUGUGAGUGACAAAGAAAUGUUACACUAAAAUUUACUAUUUCUGUUGAUGCACUUCGUUCAGCACUCAGACUACUAUUCAGUUUGAACAACGAUUGUAACACUUGGCAAGAUUUAGUAUAUUUUAAAAUGUUUAUUGAUACCAAGCAAAACUAUUGUAUUUUUUGUGAGAUAUGGGCUCAGAUCAUCCAUAGCUUAUUGCCAUUUAUCAUGGAAAGAGCUUUUAUGUCUAGAUUAGAAAUACCCAGUUAUUUGUAAAUAAAGUUUAAACAGAGGAGUAACAAUGUAUUUUUUUAUCUUUUAUUUUUUUGUUCAAGAGAAACAGCGUUUAUUGUGAUAUUGAAGUUUAUUCUUGUUUCCUUCAAAGAAAAAGGAAGAUGCAAAAACUUGUGAGGAUUUUAUGUAUCAGAUGUUGCUGUAAAAGCAUAACUAAUUGUUGCAUUUGAUUGCAUAUCUGAUGUUCUUUAUAACCUCUUGUGAUUUUGUUUUCUUUCUGUCUCUCUGAUUCUUGCAUUUUUCUCUCUAAAGUUUGAAUUCCAGAGUGAGCAUAAUGGCUGGAUUCAACUUCAACUCAGUUUUAUUUGCCCACUUGUAGUAUCAGCACCCAAGUCCUUAUCCAAAUACCACACUUGUGUACUGGAACAUCUUUACAUAUACUGUAUUAUGUGGUUGGUGUGUGAGUGUGUCUGUCUUACUGAGAGAGAGUAUGUGUGAACAAAUGAUGAGGCAAAGUUUAUCUGGCAUUGUAGCAAUAGUACAUGAUACAUUACAAUAUUUCAUCCUAUUGAUUGAUUUCACUUUUACAUAUUUGGUUGAUGAAUUUUAAUAUUCCAGAAACCACAGUUUUAAAAAGCAAACAAUACUGGUAGUAGCCUAUAGCACAUCUCUGCUCCUACCCGUACCCUGAAAGCACUGAGAGAUCCCUGCAGUUCUGAGAGACGUCCAGACCUUCCAAGCCAGGUAUCCCACUAAGAAAAAGUCUUUUUUGAGACUACUGCAGGUCAUCUGACCUUUUAUUCUGUCCCUUCCCUCAGCUUUUCGUGGAAGAAGCUGAACUCCUGCUACACUUAACAAGUGUCACUUUUCCAUUACUCCAUCUGACCCCCAUUACUGAGGGCUCUGAAGUGUGAUGUUAGUUAUGUGAUUUAGUCUGCUUGGAAUGGUGGUGUGAAUCUCCUGCUACUGGCUUCGUUAUAGGCCAAACAGCUCUAACUAAGAGGCCAAUACAUGUCUUUAGAUACUUAUUUGUAUUUUCUGUACUUGCAACAGAGGUUUCUUGUACAGUUCAUGUAGGCUCCAAACUUCUGUUUUGUUGUGAUUUUGUUUGCACCUCUUUGUUUUUGCCUGCCUGUUUCUAGCUUUUCUUCCCUUUGUAUCUGUUAUUUCAAAAUCCUUAAGAUUAUUUCUUCCGAGCAGGCGUUAUGCCUUCCAGUAUUUAGGGACUCUUUGUCUUAAAUACCCUAAUACCAAAUUUUGCCAGCUGUUCAGAGAAAAGGGUUGUGUUCUGAAUUCCUCUACUUCUUGCCCAAGGUAGAGAAUGAAAUUCUGUCACAGUGAUGGAAGCUUAGCCAUCAUCAGGAAGAUUUGUUUGCUUUUAUCUAUUGACAACUCUAUAUGUGAAUGAAGAAGAGUCUCCUUUAUGAAAAGUAUCUUGUCCUGAUUAACUGUCAAGUGAAGAAACUUCUUAAUCCCUCUGUUCCAGAAGUAGUGAUCUAUAUGUUUCAUAUCCCUUCUUAACUGUCUAGUUCUACAUUUGCAGCUUCAAGGAGUUUUCUUAAAAUUAAAUCCUUAUUUCCCAAAAGCCAACUGAAUGAUGUAACUGGUUUUCCUCACUGUAAAAGGGUUUGGGAUACAACUGUGCAUUAUGUGAAAUACUGACAUACUUUUUUGGUUUGCACUUGAGAAUUGCUUGCUCAAAAAAAAAAAAUGCUGCAACAGUUCCAUAUGAACAGAGCCUCUGGACUCCCUGUUUCUCCUCAUCAGUGUAACUGUUUGGCAUAAGAAUCUUUUGAAUAGAAAAUAUAAACAGAAUCUCUGCCUCUGGGAAAUUUUGGGGUUUUUUAUUUAUUUAUUGAGAGCAACUGAAAAAUUUGCUAUGGAGUCUUUUUUGUCUGACACAGGACUUUAGAAAUGUGGGAAAAUUAAAGAUGUGACAAUCGUGCUCCAGGCUAGAUGCAUUCUGCCCUAUUGUGUAACACAGAGGGUCUCAUGCUGCCCUCAGGGUGAAGGACAACCGCAUGGAACAGGAGGGAUUUUGAAAGGGAGAAAGUUCCCACAGCUCCAGAGGAAGAGGGAAAUCUUUCAGGGGGAGCUAAGAAAAUGGUUAAAAGACUCACUUAUGUUUAGGCAUUUUGCUUUUGAAUGGGAAUGUGUGAAAGCUCAGGAGAGACUUCUGCAGUGGUAGAAGCUCUAGUAAGGUUGUUCUUUAGCCUUUUGGGAUCCCACUGUGUAAUGAGGAGAGGCACCUUACUCAACAGACUGCUGAAACACUGCAGUUGAUUUACUGCAGAUCACACCUUGGUCUGGAGCUCUUCACAUUCAGGGACAAAACCAGCUCAAUUUUUGAAAGUUGCUUUUAGCUGCCUGGUUUAUAUGACCAGCUUUUCAAGGGGAUGGAAGUGCUUUUCAAACACGCAUUUUUAGAAAGAGAUAUUGUUAAAAUCUGGAGGAAUGUUGGUGGGGUGUAAACUUUUCUGCCUGAGCAUUGAGUCUGCAGCAAUAGGUCAGGAUUUCUACAGUUUUUCACUGUAGUAAAUUUAUGACUCUAUUGUCGAGUCUUAUGCUCCUUUUGUGCUUAAAAUUUUUAGUGCUGGUCUGUAUUUGUCGAUGAGUGUUUGGUAUACUAGACCCUGUAACGAUUGGCUUCACUACCAGGUUGGAAGUUGUGCACAAGCUCAGUAAAAUGUCCCAUAAUAAGGGAAAUUGGAAAGUGAAAAGCUUUGUAUUUACAAAUCUGCCUACAGACUCUGACUGUUAUGAUGGGCAUGUUUCAGUAGAAAUGUAGGAUUUUUGUUUCACUGCUUUAAAAUCUAAGUAAUAGGAAAACCCAGUAAAAAACCUGGUGACUUUUACAACGCUAAGUCAAAGGAUUCCAGACAAAAUAGUUUAGUGUACUGACUUUUCAGACCACAGACACAGGAACAGAGGGAAAAACUAAUAAAAUGGCAGAAGAGGCUAGGGUCUUGGAACUGGAGGAAGCAUGGUAUUGUGUUUUCACAGCCUCUAGUAAGAGGCAGAUUGCUCUGAUUCACUGAGGAAUGGCCAUUAUAGAGGAAGAGGUGAAAAUAAUGGUAAAAUCAGCACUCAAACCAGUAGGUGUGUGGGUUCCUCAAGCUGCCUUUGGUUACUAGUUAUUGCCAUGGCAUCAGGAAUGGGACAGUGAAGUGUGGGCUUUGUUCUUGAAACUGUCUCCUCUUCAGGACACUCCGUCCACAUUCAGAAUUUCAGGGAGAGCAGAAUAGGACAGACUAGCUGCUACGUGGGCAGAGACAAGCUAUCAUAAAAGUACAGUGAGGACGGUCUUGUUAAGGGUGGGGAGAGGUUCUUUAACUUCCUUGAGACAUCACCUGUCUUCCCAGUCAAAGACCCCCAGUCCCUUUCAUGUUUUCCUCCAAAAUGUCAAAUCCCACUGUUCCACUCUGUCCUCGUGUCAGCAAUACAUCAUACUUCUGUCUUGCAACCCCUCUAGAGGCAGGUUUGCAGAGGUCAGUGGUAGGCUUUUGAUCUUAGAUGGCUGUAUUUAUUUCUCUGUUAUUUAUUUCUUCUCCCCCCGUAUUCCCUACAGUAAUCUUCCCCCUUCUGCAAAGGUUGAAUAAAGAGGAUAAAAUUAGUGAGCCACAGUAGGAAAAGUUGCUGUCUGCAGAUGAAGAGACAAAAGGAAUUUUCUGCUGGAGCUUCCAACAGAGGCAAGCGGUUUACAGGGAUCUCAUUUUUCAGCUGGCUUCACUCUCUGGCACAAGAGUCCAAGGCUCUAGGGUACUGUGUGGGUUUUUUUCCUCUGUUUUUGGAAGGUGUCAAGUAACCGAGUUGCCAUGGAGUGUGGAGCGCUAGGUACACAAGAACAAUGAAUAACUACUUUUGUUGGCUUUGGGACCUUGAGGAUUAUUUGUGAAUCCUCACUGGAAAAGCUUUCUUAGUGGAGCAAGAAGGGAUUUGGGAGCAGAAGCAUGAAGUAACCUUUCUGUGUUUGUAUUACAUGAACAAGAACAAUUGAGUCUCUCAUGCUAGGUGUAAGAGAAAUAACAUUCCUAAAGAAGGGAUCUGGAAAACUCGGGUACUUUUCUGGAUUGUUAAGUAUCAGUUAACCACAAAUUUGGAACAAAUGCUUGUUGCAAAACUUUAAAAAUUUAUGGUCAGUACUCAGUGAUGGACAGAAAAAUGCUGGAGCUGAAUUUCAACAGAAUAUAAACUAUACCAAGAAGAAUGAUAUCCUGGUUUGAGUAUGUUGAAACUGAUAAAUUACUCCUCCAAGUAUCACCCUUCCUGCUGUCAUAUUCUCGCAGGAGUAGGAAACAGCACUGUCAUUUGCACUGUGCACUUUUUGCUGUCUAACUAAUAGGAUCUACAGUAAGUGGAAUGACAUAAUUUGCAUUGCAUCUAUUAGCUGUAGUCAUUGGACAGAAGGUUUAUUAUUAGCUGGAUUUUUCACUGUAUGCAUUUGGUCCCUUGCUAUGUAAGGAGAAUUGUACUCACAAUUCCUUUUACCAAAAACACAAUCAUCAUCUGAGAGCACAUGUAACAGCAAAAAACAUGUUUGUCGCAUACAUGUUGUCUUUGUAGAACUUAAUUUUAAGAUUAUAAAAUGAGAAAAAAUGAAUUUUUUGUAUUUUCAAGGAUCUUGCCAGUUGUCUAGUUCUUAGCUUCUGAAGUCUUGGCCUCAGCAUUCCUUCUAGGAUAGGUUUAAAAUUAUUGUCCAACCACAGCCUCUCCAAAAGCACUAAAUGAUGUACUUUUCAAAACCAGCUAUAACUGGAUAAUAAAGUCCCACCACAGAAACUCAGUUUUGGGGGUAUUUUUCUGUUCCUGUUUUUAAGGGGCACUGAAUAAAGACUUUUGCAUGUUUAGAGAGAAUAUUAGAUACCAUUUAUGUUCACAAUAAGGAAGACUACAGGUACUGGGUAAUGUAAUAAACUCUACCUAUUGCCUGUAGCUCUCCACACACUAUGCACUCACUGUGCAGCAGAUCGAGAAGUAUCUGUGCAUUUGAACAUUACUGGAGCCCUGCUAACCCUUUGGAUUCAUGUUACUAUGAAAGCAGAAGCCUGGUGUUUUCCAAUUUUCCCUCCCCCUAUGGCCUAAACUAAACACUAAACCCAAAUUCAUCUGUAUUUCUCAUCUUUUUUGAGUAAAGAGGGCUGGGGAAAAGUGUUCAUUGUUAUAUGUCAACAUGCUGGUGCUGGCAGGUCCAGGCUGCUGCUGUUGGCUUUAUGGCAAAAUCCUCCAUUGUGUCGUGCUGAAGCUUCAUUCCUGGCACAAAAGGGAUGUUUGAAAGAACGUCUCGUUGGGUUAGCAAAUACCAGAACUUUUUAUAGUAAUAUGUCCAAAAUGCUGCUUGUAUAGCAAUUGUCACUUUUCUAAGAAAAGAAAAAAAGUCACAAAAAAAAAUCAUAAAACCUCCCCUUUUGAUGCCAUUACAUAAGAUUUCAUUUAAACUACCUCUCAGUGUGAAAUUCAAACAUUAGGUAAGUUUAAUAAGGUUUUCUCACUGUUAUAGUUAUAGUGAAUAAAGUUAUAGUGAAUGCCAAAAUUGCAAAAGUUUACCACCAAAAAGGAAAAGAAAGUUGUCUUUUUUUUAAAUGUGUGUUUGAAAGUAUACAACAUUUUCAAGUUAUUAUACACUCUCUUAUAUUCUUUUAAUUUCUGUAGUUUCAACCUUGCAAACUCUAGCUGCUGAACAGAAAAUAAAUCAUAACCACAGGCUUUCAUAAUUGCAGUCUGCUGGGUAAAAACAAUUUUGUAUGCAGCUUUGUCAUUUGGAUAUAGAUAGCCUCAGACACCAAAUGUACCAUUAAUUUGGUUGUCUUUUUCUUCAGUACUCAAGAUAUGAACUUGAUGAAUGGUAUUCUGUAAUGGAUGCGUGCCACAAAGUACAUGGUCUCAUUUGCCUUUUCUGAAUUUUAAUGAUCAGUUUGUUAUUGCAGAUGUGAAUAUUGUUCAUACAGCUUAAUUUCUGUAUAAUUGUAUAAAAUAUAAAUGGAAAAAAUUAUAAGUUUUUAUCCAGUAUUUAGAAAUAAUGUACAAUAAUAGACUUACGUUGCGGUUUUACUUACAGAGUACUGUACUUCUUUUAAACUGGAUCAUAUCAUCUUGAUAGGCGUAGAUAGAUUUUUUUUUUUGCAUGAGUGUGUUUUGGUUUUGUUUCUUUUUAAUUGAAGUUUGAGUCUCUUAAGUUCUAUGUUCAGUGUUUGUGUUUACUACUUGUGAUCAUGUAGUUGUGCCUUACAUUGUGAAAGAAUUUAGUCCACUGUGCACUGUAAUUCUUAAACUCUGUGAUUUGGAAGGUUGCUGUGGAUUUGGAUGAGAAGAUGACACCAUGCAUCAACUGGUUCUCUAUAAAUGAUAAUGAAAUGUUACUGAAAUGUCA